CGCACCAUCAAAUCCACUCGUGUAAAUGACUGAAGGGCUCGUAUGAGGACGCUGAUGCUUCUCUCUGGAUCUGAUGCACGCGCGUAAAGAGCUCGUGGUGCACCAGAAGUCUUCAUCUGUGCGAGGAUGCUGAUGCUGCUGUCUGGAUCUGAUCCACGCGUGUGAUGCUGAUGCUGGUCUCAAUGGGUUGCGGUGGAAGCAGGUCUGCCGCCAUCGAGCCACGGUAUCACGAGAGCAGAGACACCGAGUCGACGUGGCUCACGGACACGGAGAUGACACAGCUGGCCGGUACUGCUCACAAUCCGACCGGUGGAACAGACACCGGGAGAACAGCACCCACCGGCUCAGGUAAAAGAGAAGAUGACGGCUCGUGUGCGAAGGAGAGAAAGCUGGUGAACGCUGGGACACAAUGCUGCAGAUCCUCCACACACACAAACAUCAACCAGAGACCACAGAGAACACAGGUGAGAAAUAAAUCAAAGAAAAUCUCUGCUGCCGAAGUGUCCAAGAGUCCCGUCUCGAUGUGAGCUGAAGAUGUUUUCACACCUGUACAGAGGAUUGACAAGAGACGUUUC